AUGUCACUCAUAGCCCUAGCUCUCAAUCUUGGCAUUAUAUUCCUAUACUGCUAUCGCUAUCCAGUUCACCCCUCGCUGAGGCCAAUAGGUGAUCCAGCUACACUUGUGCUACAACCAUCUGCGGAAGGCGGUUCCAAAGAAGGUGACAAGGAAAAAAAGGACGUGAAGGAGCGGAAAACGAAGUCCGCCGAAGGUAAGAAAUCUAAGAAACCUGACAAGAAGAAGAAAGGAAAGCAGUCUAAGGAACCAAUCAAAACAGAUUCCAAAGAAACCCCAGUUCAAGAGCCUUCCGGCGGAGCAAAAGGAUCUUCUAACGAUGAUCAGCCCGGGGCUCACGCGGAGGAACAGAACAAGCCCAGCAAUGAAGUUGUUGCCGACCCAACACAGCCAGCAAAGCAGCAGUCAUCUGAGAAAAAGGAGGGCAGUAAUAAAGAACAGAAACAGGCUGAAGAUGCACGGAACGAACCCGAGAAAGAAAACCAAAGCUGA